GGGUGGGGGACUAGGAACGGUGGGAGUCGCUGUGUGGAAGAGCUGCUGCCGGUGUCAUGGCGGAACUGAGUGAGGAGGCGCUGCUGUCAGUAUUACCGACGAUCCGGGUCCCUAAGGCUGGAGACCGGGUCCAUAAAGACGAAUGUGCCUUCUCCUUCGACACACCGGAGUCUGAAGGUGGCCUUUACAUCUGUAUGAACACAUUCCUGGGUUUCGGGAAGCAGUAUGUGGAGAGACACUACAAUAAGACGGGCCAGCGUGUCUAUCUGCAUCUCCGACGGAUCCGGCGCCUGAAAGAGGAGGACCCCACUACAGGCACUGGUGACCCCCCGCGUAAGAAGCCCACACGGCUGGCUAUUGGUAUGGAAGGCGGUUUUGAUCUCACCAAGGAGAAGUUUGAAUAUGAUGAGGAUGUAAAGAUUAUAAUUUUGCCAGAUUACCUAGAGAUUGCCCGGGAUGGGUUGGGAGGACUGCCUGACCUUGUCAGAGAUCGGGUGACCAGUGCAGUUGAAGCUCUACUGUCAGCGGAUUCUGCCUCCCACAAACAAGAGGUGCAGGCCUGGGAUGGGGAAGUGCGGCAGGUGUCUAAGCACGCCUUCAAUCUUAAGCAGCUGGACAACCCUGCUCGAAUCCCUCCCUGUGGCUGGAAGUGCUCCAAGUGUGACAUGAAAGAAAACUUAUGGCUCAACCUGACAGAUGGUGCCAUCCUCUGUGGCCGACGCUACUUUGAUGGCAGUGGGGGUAACAACCACGCCGUGGAACACUACAGAGAGACAGGCUACCCAUUGGCUGUUAAGCUGGGCACCAUCACACCUGAUGGAGCUGAUGUGUACUCAUAUGAAGAGGAUGACAUGGUCCUGGACCCCAACCUAGCUGAACACCUGUCCCACUUUGGCAUUGACAUGCUGAAGAUGCAGAAGACAGACAAGACAAUGACUGAGCUGGAGAUAGACAUGAACCAGCGAAUUGGUGAAUGGGAGUUGAUCCAGGAGUCGGGUGUGCCACUUAAGCCCCUAUUUGGGCCUGGCUACACAGGCAUCCGGAACCUCGGUAACAGCUGCUACCUCAACUCCGUGGUCCAGGUGCUCUUCAGCAUCCCUGACUUCCAGAGGAAGUAUGUAGAUAAGCUGGAGAGGAUCUUCCAGAAUGCCCCCUCAGACCCUACCCAGGACUUCAGCACCCAGGUAGCCAAGUUGGGCCAUGGCCUUCUCUCUGGAGAGUAUUCCAAGCCAGUGCUGGAUAUAGGCGAUGGGGAGCAGGUACCUGAACAAAAAGAAAUUCAGGAUGGCAUUGCCCCUCGGAUGUUCAAAGCCCUCAUUGGCAAGGGUCACCCUGAGUUCUCCACCAACCGACAGCAGGAUGCCCAGGAGUUCUUCCUUCACCUUAUCAACAUGGUGGAGAGGAAUUGCCGGAGUUCUGAAAAUCCCAACGAAGCAUUCCGCUUCUUGGUGGAGGAAAAGCUCAAGUGCCUGGCCACGGAGAAGGUUAAGUACACCCAGCGAGUUGACUAUAUCAUGCAGCUCCCUGUUCCCAUGGAUACAGCCCUAAACAAAGAGGAGCUUCAGGAGUAUGAGGAGAAGAAGCGGCAAGCGGAGGAGGAAAAGCUGCCACCACCAGAACUGGUCCGGGCCCAGGUGCCCUUCAGCUCCUGCCUGGAGGCCUACGGGGCACCUGAGCAGAUGGAUGACUUCUGGAGCACAGCCUUGCAGGCCAAAUCAGUAGCUGUCAAGACCACACGGUUUGCCUCAUUCCCUGACUACCUGGUCAUCCAGAUCAAGAAAUUCACCUUCGGCUUAGACUGGGUGCCCAAGAAACUGGAUGUGUCCAUUGAGAUGCCAGAGGAGCUAGACAUUUCCCAGUUGAGGGGUACAGGGCUGCAGCCAGGAGAGGAGGAGCUGCCUGACAUUGCCCCACCCCUGGUCACUCCGGAUGAGCCCAAAGGUAGCCUUGGUUUCUAUGGCAACGAAGACGAAGACUCCUUCUGCUCCCCUCACUUCUCCUCUCCAACAUCACCCAUGUUGGAUGAAUCUGUCAUCAUCCAGCUGGUGGAGAUGGGCUUCCCGAUGGACGCUUGCCGCAAAGCUGUCUACUACACAGGCAACAGUGGGGCUGAGGCUGCUAUGAACUGGGUCAUGUCACACAUGGACGAUCCAGAUUUUGCAAACCCCCUCAUCCUACCUGGCUCCAGUGGGCCUGGCUCCACCAGUGCAGCAGCUGACCCCCCGCCAGAAGACUCUGUGACCACCAUUGUCUCCAUGGGCUUCUCCCAGGACCAAGCCUUGAAAGCUCUGCGGGCUACGAACAAUAGUUUAGAACGGGCUGUGGACUGGAUCUUCAGUCACAUUGAUGACCUGGAUGCCGAAGCUGCCAUGGACAUCUCAGAGGGCCGCUCUGCUGCCGACUCCAUCUCCGAAUCUGUACCAGUGGGACCUAAAGUCCGGGAUGGUCCUGGAAAGUAUCAGCUCUUUGCCUUCAUUAGUCACAUGGGCACCUCUACCAUGUGUGGUCACUAUGUCUGCCACAUCAAGAAGGACGGCAGAUGGGUAAUCUACAAUGACCAGAAAGUGUGUGCCUCUGAGAAGCCACCCAAGGACCUGGGCUACAUCUACUUCUACCAGCGAGUGGCCAGCUAAGAGCCUCUCCUCACCCCUUACCACUGGGGGGCAGGGCAUAGACCACCUGGCAUGAGGGAUAGGGCCUUCAGAGAUGGAACUCAGUCCCCUUGCUCCGUACCCUUUGUGUUUUUGUCCCCAGCAGCUGGAGAGAAGCUGGAGGCCAGGGGGAAAUGGCCAUGCAAAGGGAGGGGGCACUCUCUAGACUUCGGAGAUAGAGUGGGAAGGGGAAGGGAGGGGCCAGCCACCUGUCUGUAAGGAGACUUUGUUGCUUCCCCUGCCGCUUGAAUCAACAGUUCUCUGCUUCUCUGUAAUCUUGCCCAGACCCCUGGUGUGGAGGAGGGGGUCUUAUUUGUGUGUGUGUGUGUGUGAGUGUGUGGGUGGGUGUAGCUUCAUGCAUCCUCUUCCAGGGAGGGUGCAUCCAGGCUUCCCCUCCCCGUUUGUGUUUGCUCCAUGUAUGGUUGGGCAAGGAGGGGUUUGAGGGAGAUGGGACACCCCCCCUCCUGCCUCAGUCUUUUCCCUACCUUGUCUUUUCCUCGUCCUUUAUGAAAAUGCCAAAAUAACACGAUGUGAAUAAAAGUACAAUGGC